AUGAAAUCCUUACUUGCGACUUUCGCCGCAGUCACUUCGAUCCUCAUACCUUCAACACAGGCACUAUAUUUCUAUCUCGAUGGCACGACGCCCAAGUGCUUCUAUGAAGAUUUGCCGAAGGGCACGCUAGUGGUCGGAACAUACAAAUCCGAAGCCUACAACCCCCAGACGCAAUCCUUCUCAGCAACGCCCGACCUCAACAUCCACUUCACUGUCGAAGAGACCUUCGACAACGACCACCGGGUCGUAACCCAGACCACGCAGUCCUCGGACAAGUUUUCAAAGUUCACAUUCAGUGCCGCGGAUGCGGGCCUGCACAGACUUUGCUUUACGCCCUCUGGACCCGCGGCGAUCAGUGUGAAUGGAUGGUUCGGAAACGGCGGGAAUGUGUUGGGAGGAGUGAAGUUGACGGUCGACAUGGCGAUUGGAGAGACGAGUAAGAUUGAGAGUGAGGACAAGGGCAAGAUCGACACCAUUGUCGGCAAAGUGCGGGAGUUGAACGGGCGGUUGCAAGAUAUCAGGAGGGAACAAAAGUUUCAAAGGGAGCGCGAAGCAGAAUUCCGCGAUCAAAGCGAAGCAGUCAACGCGCGAAUCGUCCGGUGGACGUUGAUCCAGCUGGGCGUCUUGGGCGUCACCUGCGCGUGGCAGCUGUCACAUCUGAGAUCAUUCUUCAUCAAGCAGAAAUUGACAUAG